CAUUGCCUGAGUCGCCAUUGAGAGCAAGCGCAUAAUUGUUAUGGUGGAAAAUAUCAGCUGAAGGGUAACUAGUGUUUACAUUAGAGCCAAGAGAAUAGACACCAAUACUUAUUAAGGUUUUGAGGCGAAUAAACGAAUUUCGAUUGUGUGUUUAUAUAUAAAACAUCGUUUUAUAGCCGUUUAUGCGCUGCACGCAGCUGACACUUUUUGGUCAGGUUCUUUUUUUGUGUGUCGACAAUGGUUUGUUUUUCUUCGUCAGGAUUUCUCCUGUGACUUUUAUCGGAUCGUUUUAAAUGAAUAGAGGAGUUGUAAUAUCCCAGCUUUGAACGACGGAAGUCUUGUUCGUUGAUUAAAGGUGGAAAGGAAAGUAUAGGCAGGAUUUCAACCUUUAGACAACAAGGAGUUAGGAAAGGAGAUGGGAAAUUGUCUGAAAUCUCCCACUUCGGAUGAUAUCUCCUUGCUUCAUGAAUCCCAGUCAGACAGGGCCAGUUUCGGUGACGCCAACGAUCAGGAACCACCACCUCCAUAUCAGGAGCAGAUCCAUGUGCCGGUGUACCACCCGACUCCCAGCCAAGCCCGGUUGGCGACCCAACUGACUGAAGAGGAGCAGGUGCGUAUUGCUCAGAGGAUCGGCCUCAUUCAACACCUGCCCAAAGGAGUCUAUGAUCCAGGCAGUGACGGCACCGAGAAGAAGAUUCGAGAGUGUGUAAUCUGCAUGAUGGACUUUGUGUACGGAGACCCCAUCCGGUUCCUCCCCUGUAUGCACAUCUACCACCUGGACUGCAUAGAUGAUUGGCUGAUGAGGUCCUUCACGUGUCCCUCCUGUAUGGAGCCUGUAGAUGCUGCCUUGCUCUCGUCCUACGAAACUAAUUGACUAUUGCCUGCGCUGAUACCCACCCUACACACACAGAAUUAGCCUUUGAGUCCUGUCCUCACAUUGCCCCUUUGGUCUCAGAGACAACCUGUCCUCCCGAUUGGGGGCAUGGGAUGGAGGAGGACCUAAGAGGCCACACUGAUGGCUUAAUCUCUCCUGCGUUGUCCUGCUGGACCGGGAAACCUGCAGGAGCUGUUUUGCACCCUUAUGACUUAUCAUAUGAUUCCUUAGUCUUCAAACAAUGCCCAGACAAACCAGUCAUGCACAAUUCCAUUGUUGUAACACUUACACUGGAAUGAGACAAACAAUCAAGAAACAAAUUUGUGGACUAUUAAAAAAAAAAAAAAAGUUCAACAUUCAAUCUCUAUUUAUUUCAGUGUCUCGGUUUCCAUAAAUGCUCACCUGCUUCAAAGAAAUAAACCCAGCUGUACACAUCUGCACACACACAAUCACACAUGCAUACUUUGUGCAUGCAGGAAUCAUCGCUUGCAUCUUUUAUUUAACUGUAAGUGAGCUUUUGAGUUUGUAUGUUUUUUUUGUUUUAAAUUGCCCUGAAUGGGUUUGUUGGGCUGACACUUUAAAUGGGCGUUCACACCGACAGCAUUUGCAGCUACAAAGAGACCAGUAGUCAUUCAUUUUCAAUGAGAGUUAACGAUUUCUAGCGUCAUGUGCCUAAGUGGUCGUUGGCGAUGGGACAAAGUUAAGUGAGAUCAACUUUAUUCAAAACAGCAGGGAUGCAAUGUAAGAUCUCCUACUAUCUCCUGUUAUUUAAUCACUGUCAGUGUGAACGCUCUUAUAAAGAGCAUGAUGCUCUGUGUUGUAGCAAGACGAUUACUUCCAUUUGUCAUGGACUUUAAGAAAUGAAAGAAAAAAAAAAAAGUAUAAGUGAUUUAAUCAUGUAAUCUCCUACAUAAACAAAUGUCAAACACUUGGUGAUCACUGCACUCACAUGUUAGUUCAACUGAAUUGCUUUGUUGUUUUUUCUGUUGUUUUAAAAUCACCAUUACUUUUAGUGUAACAACAAAACCAAGAACAUUAUCUACAGAAAAAAACCCACUGAAAUCAUCGUAAACUGAAGGUAAGCCCAGAGCGUCACGUGUGAUAUUAGUAUGUAUAAUGCAAUAUAGACUGUAGUGACUCACAAAAGUACACAUAUGAGUGUACAAAACCGCUUGAUCAUGUUAUUUUCACCUUUAAUGCAUUUGUGUGUUUUAACUUUAUUGUACAUAGUGUAUUAUACGUAUAUAUA